AUGUUGGAUGCGGCAGAAGUUGCAAAGCACAAUUCCCGACAUUCAUGCUGGGUGAUCAUCUCCAAUAAUGUGUACGACGUGACAGACUUUCUUGCAGACCAUCCUGGAGGCCCCGGGGUGAUUCUGAGAUAUGCUGGAAAGGACGCGACUGAGGAAUACGAACCAAUCCACCCGUCUGGGACUCUCCAGCGACAUCUCCCUGCAGACAAACAUCUCGGUCCUGUGGACCCUUCCACCUUGAGCGCGCAACCCACUAGAGACAGCAAUUCCGCUCCCGACAAUAAAUCCUCUCCGAGUCUGUCGUCCAUCCCACAUAUUUCCAUGUGUCAGAACCUCGACGACAUUGAAUCCGCAGCACGCCAGAAACUGACGCGCAAGGCCUGGGUCUACUAUGACUCUGCCGCCGAGACUCUGGAGUCGUUCCACACCAACCGCCGCGACUGGGCCAAGAUUUCGUUCCGGCCACGCGUGCUGCGUAACGUCGCGCGGGUGAGUAUGAAGCGUCGCAUCCUGGGCCACGACGCAGACUUGCCAUUCUUCAUUUCGCCCGCGGCCAUGGCCAAGCUGGGCCAUCCGGACGGCGAACUCUGCUUGGCACGGGGCGCGGCGGAGAGGAAUAUCGUCUACUGCUCAAGUACGUACAGCUCGGUGGCGCACGACGAGCUGGCGCCCUGCUUUGACCGGCGCGAGGGGAGGGGCGCGUUGAGUUUCCAGCUCUACGUGCCGAAGAAGAAAGAGGAAGCGAAGAAGCUGAUCGACAUGGCCAAGAGGCUGGGGUGUAAGAGUCUGGUCAUUACAGUGGACACGCCCGUCGUGGGAAGGAGAGAGGAAGACGACAGAUAUAAAGCUGAGAUUGAGGUGCAGGAAGGGCGAGAAGUCCCUAGGACGACGAGCGUGGCGGACGGCGAAGAAGCGCCGAUCCUAAGAGGUUAUCAUUCCUCUACGGUCGACUGGGAGGAUAUCCACUGGAUGAGAAAGGAAUGGGGAAACGAACGAGGACCCGUGGCCCUCAAGGGGAUCCAGACCGCUGAAGAUGCCUAUCUCGCGUCCUUGAGCGGCGUGGAAGCCAUCUACCUGAGCAAUCAUGGUGGGAGGCAGCUGGACUUUGCACCGAGUGCGAUCAGGACGUUGUUGGAGAUCCGGAAGUUCUACCCUCAGGUGCUAGAGACAGUCGACGUCUACCUUGACGGGGGUGUGCGACGAGGCACAGAUAUCCUGAAAGCCUUGUGUCUGGGCGCGAAGGGUGUCGGUCUCGGAAGGCCGUUUCUUUACGGGUCGAGCGCUUAUGGGACAGACGGGGUGCUCAAAGUGAUUGAGAUGCUGAGUGAUGAGAUCGAGACGACGAUGCGAUUGUUGGGAGUGACCGAGUUGAGCCAGCUCGAUCCACAUUGUAUCAACUACACUGCUCUGGAAAGGGACCUGCCCCAAGAAGUGAGAGCGGUGCAGACGGGGAGGCAAUUCAAGCUCUAA